GCCGAAUGAAAUCUGCAAGCUGACGCCACAGCGACGUGAGGGUACCGUCUACUAGCCACACACACCUCAGACUAGCGUUAGUAGUAGUGCCUGGUAGUAGUGCUAAGCCCAUCUCUGCCUCGCUUUGUCGAACAUUUGUUACGCUAAACGGGUCGUCCGAUGGAGUGGCAGUACAACGGAAAAAUGUUUGCCGUCCAUGCGCUCUUGGUCGCCCUGGCAACGACGGCCGCAAUCGCCAGUCCAGUGUCCGCGAGAAUGCGAAUAUGUCCCGGAGAGGCUGUGUUCGGACCGGCGCCGAUCAGCGACGAAGAUCUCACGCAUGGAGAAGUGACUCGCGAGCCUUACGGUACGUUUAACGCGAGUGGCCCGUGGGCUGACCUCGUGCCUCGCGUGGCGCCCGACGUGAACGUGACAUUUCGGUGGUGGCUUCCCGGUAGUAGUGACGACCGCUCGCCGCUCGUUCUACCUGUCCAUUACGACUCGCCGGGAAGGCGUCUCGGCGACGCUAACCUCACGGUCCUGUGCCACGGUCUUCCGCGGAGGUUUGCGGCCGGCGCCGACGCUCUGGUGUCCUCGCUUCGCCGGCACCGACCGUCGCACGCCGUUCUCGAAGUCGUAUGGAACGUCGGUUGUGAUGACGGUGUUUCUACCAGCCGUGCCGCCGACGUCUACUACUGUCCGUCGCAUGCAACACCGGCCGACAGUGCCGUUUACCAGCGAGCCGCCGGCGACAGUCGCCUGGUCGCGCGUGCCGUGGCGCGCACUCUCGUCGGUCUCGUCAGCGACCACGGCUACGAGCUCGCCCGGGUCCACCUGGUGGGGUUCGGCGUGGGCGCCCACGUCGUCGGGUUCGUCGCGGACGAGCUGAAUUACUUCGACGACUACGACAAGUUGGGGCGGCUCACGCUGCUGGAUCCCGCGGCGCCGCUGUUCGUCGCCAAGCUGGGCCUGUCUCACCUCAGCGGUCGCGGCAGGGCCGCCUUUACCGACGCCGUCCACACGAGCAGCGUCGAUAGCUGCGGUUACGGCAUCGCCGACAGGUUGGCCGACCUCGACAUUUAUGUGAACGGAGGGGAGCGGCAGCCCAAGUGCCGUUCUAGCGCCAUGUGCUCGCACGUCGCCGCCCUUGUGUACUACGCGCACAGCGUGGAGCGAUGCGCGACCCGCGCGCAUCCGCUGCCGGGCUGUUGGACGCUCGAAAGACGAGGCAUUGUCCAAGUCGCAGACGUAAGCAAAGUAAGCUCGGUAAGCAAAGCAUCGGCGCCCUCGGAAGGCCCCGAGCAGAGCUCGAGUGCUUCGAAUGUGCGUAAGCCAUCUGCCUCUGUAUGGUGCUUAGCUGUUGUAGUAAUGUUCCUGGUGGCUAACAGACCACUGGCAGUCCGGCACUGACCGCAAGGCGACGUGCUUUUUUCUUUCUUGUUUUAUGUGACUGAGCUGUGCGGGCUUUGUGCCUGCUAUCCACAUGUGAUAGUAAAAGCGAGAACAGCUUACGCCUAGCUGUUGGUAGGCGUGAAUGAUGUAAACUUUUCUGGUCACUAUUUCAUGCGUUUUUCGCCCCAUAGCCGCUUCUCCCAUCAUUAACUUUGCAGUUGUUUUUUACAUGCGACAGAUUUCGGUGUUUACUCGUACUUGGGCACUUUGUGGUUCCUGUGUUUAAAGCAGUCAGCGUCACUGUCAGGUGAGCUCAGUUGCCCACUAGAAUUUCCCAUUUUUCUUGCUUGUCUAGUAUUGUACGUUUAUUUCUCCAUUAGUGUAUUUUUGCACAACAGUGAGCAGCUGAUUCUUUUUGGGUCCUUCAAC